AUGGCCAAGUCGGUGAAGUUUUCCCUGCAGUGCUGGGUCAUCCCAGAGUCCGAUCCAGGCCCAGGAAUAAGAGAAAUCAGCUUUCAGCCUGCUGAUGUCAUCCAUGUUGUCAAAGGUGGCCAGUUCCUGAAGGAGCUUUGGCUCCGGGUCAUCCCAGAGUCCAAACCAGGCCCAGGAAUAAGAGAAAUCAGCUUUCAGCCUGCUGAGGUCAUCCAUGCUGUCAAAGGUGGCCAGGUCGUGCGGACAGAGGAGGACCCAAUAGCACAGUUUAAUCCAAACGUUUAUUCAGGUUCUGGAGGCAGGAAGCAGGAAUCUCGGUUCUGGAUCACAGUUUCAGAGAGCAACGAAAAAAACUAUUUCCACAUCCCAACCAAGAAAACAUGGCAGUCUGCUCAGCAGCACUGCAGGGAACACUUCACCGACUUGGCCAUGAUUGAGAAUGAGGCAGAAAACACUGAGGCCUUCAAUGCAACACCGGGCACUGGUUCUUAUUGGAUCGGUCUGUACAGGAACCCCUGGACUUGGUCUGACCGGAGCCAAAGCUCCUUCAGGAACUGGCAUCCCAUCUACAAAGAAAACAAUGGUGGUCAACAACACUGUGUUGUAGAAAAUACAGACCAUGAGUGGGCUGAUGAAGAUUGUGGAGCUGAGUGGCCCUUCCUCUGCCAUCAAGUUUUAAGGCGGAACACCGUUGUCAGGAUGACGACUGAGACUGAUGUUGACCUCUCUGAUCCACACAUUCAGUCCCAGGUCCUCCAGAAGCCCCCCCCUCGUCAGUACCACUAUGUUUCCACAGAAAUGAACUGGACCGAAGCCCGACAGUUCUGCAGAGAGAAAUACACCGACCUGGCCACCUUUGACAGCAUGGAAGACCUCAGCAGGCUGAAAGCUGAUUUCUCUUAUUCCCAGGCCUGGGUCGGACUCUGGGAUGACCCUGAAAACUGGAAAACCUCCAUGGGUAAUGACACCAACUCUUGGAGGUGGUCAGCAACAGGAGAAACCAGCAGAACCGGGUACCAGAACUGGCGACCUGGACGACCAUAUUAUGCCUAUCAAAAUAAAACAUGUGUAGUGAUGCGUUAUGAUGGAACAUGGGUUGAUGUGAGCUGUGAAGGGACCAGAAAAUUCAUCUGCUACAACGUUUCAGAGAACAACAAGAAAACCUAUUUCCACAUCCCAACCUACAAAACAUGGCAGUCUGCUCAGCAGCACUGCAGGGAACACUUCACCGACUUGGCCACGAUUGAGAAUGAGGCAGAAAACACUGAGGUCAACAAAGUAAAACCAAGCGGGUAUGAGUAUUGGAUCGGUCUGUACAGGAACCCCUGGACUUGGUCUGACCGUAGCCAAAGCUCCUUCAGGAACUGGCACCCCACCUACAAGUAUCACUACUAUUAUGUUCACCAACGCUGUGUUAGUGAAAAUAUAUACCACGAGUGGAUUCCAUAUGAUUGUGGAUCUAAGUUUCCCUUCAUCUGCCAUCAAGUAUACAACAUUUAUAUCUUCUGUAUCUGUAACUUUUCCUCCAUCAAUACACAGGACUUCCCCUCAGCUCCUGCUCACAGCCCCCCCCGUCGUCAGUACCACUAUGUUUCCACAGAAAUGAACUGGACCGAAGCCCGACAGUUCUGCAGAGAGAAAUACACCGACCUGGCCACCUUUGACAGCAUGGAUGACCUCAGCAGGCUGAAAGCUGAUUUCUCUUAUUCCCUGGCCUGGAUCGGACUCUGGGAUGACCCUGAAAACUGGAGAACCUCCAUGGGUAAUGACACCAACUCUUGGAGGUGGUCAGCAACAGGAGAAACCAGCAGAACUUGGUACCAGAACUGGGGCCAUAACCAGCCAGAUAACUGGGACGCAAAUGAAACAUGUGCAGUGAUGGGUUCUUACGCUAUAUGGUUUGAUGACACAUGUGAGACCCCGAGAGAAUUCAUCUGCUACAACGUUUCAGAGAACUACAAAAAAAACUUUUUCCACAUCCCAACCAGCAAAACAUGGCAGUCUGCUCAGCAGCACUGCAGGGAACACUUCACCGACUUGGCCAUGAUUGAGAAUGAGGCAGAAAACACUGAGGCCGACAAUGCCAAACCAGGGGGAAGUUUUUAUUGGAUCGGAACCCCUGGACUUGGUCUGACGGGAGCCAAAGCUCCUUCAGGAACUGGCACCCAACCAGCAAAAAUAACUAUGAGCUUAAAGAACAUUGUAUUACUGAAAAUACAGACCAUGAGACUUACCCUCAGCUCCUGCUCACAGCCCCCCCCUCGUCAGUACCACUAUAUUCCCAGAGAAAUGAGCUGGACCAAAGCCCGACAGUUCUGCAGAGAGAAAUACACCGACCUGGCCACCUUUGACAGCAUGGAAGACCUCAGCAGGCUGAAAGCUGAUUUCUCUUAUUCCUGGGCCUGGAUCGGACUCUGGGAUGACCCUGAAAACUGGAAAACCUCCAUGGGUAAUGACACCAACUCUUGGAGGUGGUCAGCAACAGGAGAAACCAGCAGAACCGGGUACCAGAACUGGCUCCCUUCAUACCCAUAUUAUGCAUAUCAAAAUAAAACAUGUGUAGUGAUGUAUUAUGAUGGAACAUGGGUUGAUGUGAGCUGUGAAGGGACCAGAGGAUUCAUCUGCUACAACGUUUCAGAGAACAACAAGAAAAACUAUUUCCUCAUCCCAACCAGCAAAACAUGGCAGUCUGCUCAGCAGUACUGCAGGGAGAACUUCACCGACUUGGCCACGAUUGAGAAUGAGGCAGAAAACACUGAGGCCUUCAAUGCAACACUGGGCACUGGUUCUUAUUGGAUCGGUCUGUACAGGAACCCCUGGACUUGGUCUGACGGGAGCCAAAACUCCUUCUGGAAGUGGCAUCCCAGUUUCAAGUACUCUAAAGGACUUACCCUCAGCUCCUGUUCACAGCCCCCCCCUCGUCAGUACCACUAUGUUUCCACACCAAAAAACUGGACCGAAGCCCGACAGUUCUGCAGAGAGAAAUACACCGACCUGGCCACCUUUGACAGCAUGGAAGACCUCAGCAGGCUGAAAGCUGAUUUCUCUUAUUCCUGGGCCUGGAUCGGACUCUGGGAUGACCCUGAAAACUGGAGAACCUCCAUGGGUAAUGACACCAACUCUUGGAGGUGGUCAGCAACAGGAGAAACCAGCAGAACCGGGUACCAGAACUGGCGACCUGGACGACUAUAUUAUGCCUAUCAAAAUAAAACAUGUGUAGUGAUGUAUUAUGAUGGAACAUGGGUUGAUGUGAGCUGUGAAGGGACCAGAAAAUUCAUCUGCUACAACGUUUCAGAGAACAACAAGAAAAACUAUUUCUACAUCCCAACCGAGAAAACAUGGCAGUCUGCUCAGCAGUACUGCAGGGAACACUUCACCGACUUGGCCAUGAUUGAGAAUGAGGCAGAAAACACUAAGGUCAACAAAGGAAUCCCAAGCCGGUAUUGGUAUUGGAUCGGUCUGUACAGGAACCCCUGGACUUGGUCUGACCGGAGCCAAAGCUCCUUCAGGAACAGGCAGCCCACCUACUAUAAUGGUCACCAACACUGUGUUAGUGAAAAUACAGACCACGAGUGGAUUCCAAAUGAUUGUGGAUCUAAGUUUCCCUUCAUCUGCCAUCAAGCUCGUUCGGAACAGACCAGCACGGCGUCUUCAAAAACUGAGGGAAAAGAGAAGAUUUCGAACCAAAUGAUGAUGAAUCUGAAGCUCCAGACCACAGCAAACCUGGAGGAUGGAGUCGUCAGGGACAACCUGGAGCGGCAGUUGAGGGCGAUGCUUGCUAACCGGGGAGUGACUGACUUCAAACUGGCCUGGAGGAAGCUGCCAGAGAAGAAGACCGAGUUGAGGGCGAUGCUUGCUAACCGGGGAGUGACUGACUUCAAACUGGCCUGGAGGAAGCUGCCAGAGAAGAAGACCGAGGUGAACUUUGAACCCGGCUCGUCGCUCCAGGUCCCGUUGCCCAGCAGCAGGGCGGCGCAGAGCUCGUUCCCGCUCAGGUUGUCCGGUUGCCCCGGUUCCCAGUUCAGGAACGUGGCCCGUCCCCCGGUGUCCGACCAGAACCAGAUCAGGGAUCUGCUGAGGCCGAUCCAGGCCUCGGCUCUCGACGGGAGCAGGCUUCUGACGUCGUCGUUAGUGAAGUUAUCUGGGAUGUGGACCAGCGUCAGAUUCUUGUCUUCGCAGUUCGCUCUGGCCUCCGUCCAGCUCAUUUCACUCUCAAGAGUGAAAUGGCUUCCUGUGGAAAUGGAGACAGGAGGACCCAGCCAGUCCUACGUACCGUUAGAGCAGACGGACGGCCUCAGAAGGGAGCAGUUGAGGUUGGUCCAGGCUCCAGAGUCAGAAAUGACCGCGCAGAGAUCUUCGUAUGGGCUGUCCGACACAACUGGCCCCCAGUUGAAGUAUGAGGCCUCUUCUCCGUCCGGCCAAGUCCAGGACACCAGGCCCGCUCGCAGCCCAAUCCAGACCUUUCCGCUGUGCGACCAGGCGCCCUUCAGCUUGUCGUUGAGAGAGGAACUGUCCACUGUCAUCAGGGAAGAUGAUGCAAAUGAGUUCGGACACCAGCAGUGCUGCGCCCCGCUGGACUCCGCCCGCCGUCGGCCUCUGCCCCGGAAACUGUGCAAACGGGAGCGUUUCUGUUCGGGCGGCCGCCCCCCCGACCCGACGGGCGGAGUCCAGGCCCUCCAGGAC